AUGUCAUCAGGAUCACAAUUUGGUAGAGUUACUAACAAUCCAAGAGACAAUGACGAAAAACAACGUCUAAGGAGGGAAAAGUUGGCUGCCUUGAGAGAAAAGAAGCAGCAGCAAGAACAAAAGCAGAAAGAGCAACAGCAACAGCAACCGGAGCAAAAGCAGGAGAACGGUAAUCUAGCUGGCAAAAGUAAAACCGCCGAAGAGAGUUUGCGAUUGAAGGACUUGGAAGAAAAGCAGAGACAACGCCAGCAAAGACUUGAAGAAUGGAAGAAGAGCAGAUCAAAGAAGGAGGAAGGUUCCGUUGCUGGUGAUGGCAAAAGACAAAAAGCUGGAAUAGCUCUUGCUAAGAAGCCGCUCCUGAGUAAACCAAAAGUUGCCUUGAGCAAGAAAAGAGUGUCGGAUUUUGAUGUUGAAACAGAGGUUGUAAGAAAGAAAGCACCCAAACUUUUGCAGCAGCUGAAUCUUGGCGAAGCAGCAAACAAUGUCUUGCACAAGGAACCAUCAAACCAUGACGAGCUUGACGACUACAUGAAUUCAAUAUUUAGGGCAAAUGAUGUAGAUGGAACGGAUAACAACGACGCUACCGUACAAGUUGCCGACAAAAGACCAGGUGCUGAUGGCGAUAGCCAUCCGGAACCGAACAACGAUAACAAUGAUCCCGAUUAUAACAACGAGGAUAACUACGACGAUGAUGAUGAGGAGGAGGAGGAGGAGGAGGAAGACACAGAUCGACUUUUAAUGUUGAAAUUGACAAAGUUGCAAAAUACUGGUAAACAACUACAAGAAGUGGACCAUAAACUGAUAGACUACCAACCAUUUACCAAGAAUUUUUAUCAAGUUCCGUUUGACAUCAAAGAUAUGAGUCACAGAGAGAUUGACAUGCUACGAAUGGAAUUGGACAAUGUUCGUGUUAGAGGCAAGGAAACGCCUGCGCCGUUUACUCGUUGGUCCCAGUUACUCUUGCCCAACAACAUCAUGUCAGUUGUCAAUGAGCGACUAGAAUUCAAAAAGCCGUCUCCAAUUCAGAGUCAAGCCAUUCCCGUUAUACUCUCUGGACGAGAUUUAAUCGGUGUUGCCAAGACAGGAUCGGGCAAGACAUUGGCCUAUGUGCUUCCCAUGAUGCGUCACGUACAAGAUCAAACUCUGCCGAACCCUGGAGAUGGUCCAAUUGCCUUAAUAUUGGCUCCAACCAGAGAACUAGCGUUGCAAAUUGAACAGGAAGUGCUGAAGUUUGCUACGGCAAACCUGGAGUUGAGAGUUUGUUGUUGUUAUGGUGGCUCGAGCAUAGAAACUCAAAUUAGCGAACUUAAGCGAGGAGUCCACGUUGUCGUGGCAACACCGGGCAGGCUAAUAGACUUGUUGGCUGCCAAUGGAGGACGAGUAUUGACAUUGCGCCGAACAACUUUUUUGGUGUUGGAUGAAGCCGACCGGAUGUUUGAUAUGGGGUUUGAGCCCCAGAUUCGCAAGAUUUGUUCCCAAAUUAGGCCGGACCGGCAAACGGUUUUGAUAUCGGCUACUUUUCCAAAGAAACUAGAGAUGCUUGCGAAAAAAGUACUUGAGAAUCCCGUUGAAGUUGUUGUGGGUGGAAUUGGCGUCGUUGCCAGUGGAAUUACUCAAGAAGUUGUCCUUUGCAAUGACAAUAGAGAUGAAAUUAGAGAUAAAAAUAAAGAGGCAGAGCCAGAAUUAGACAUUCGGAGUGUCAAAUUAAACACGCUCAAACUGAUUUUGUCCCGGCAUGAACUCAAUGGCAACAACAAAUUGUUGAUCUUUGUAGAAAAACAAAUCGAUGCUGAUACUUUGGUGUUGAAUCUUUUAAAGAACAAGAUCCCCUGUGUGGCCAUACAUGGCGGUAAAAAUCAAAUGGAUAGAGCACAUGCAAUCAAGGAGUUUUCAGAUAGAGAAAGCGGUGUCGAUAUCUUGGUAGCUACUUCGAUCGCUGCACGAGGCCUAGAUGUCAAGAAUUUAAGCUUGGUUAUCAAUUUCGAUCCUCCGGGCCAUUUGGAAGAUUAUGUACAUCGAGUCGGUAGGACCGGCAGAGCUGGCGCUAUGGGGAGAGCCAUUACCUUUGUGACCAAGUCUCAAGAAAAGGAAAUCAGCAUUUUGGUAAAAGCUCUCAAAAUGAGUCUGAAUCCAGUUGACCCGUCCUUGCAAGAAAUUGCUGAUCGUUUUGCUAAAAAAAUCGAAUCUGGAGAAGAACGCAAAGGUUUUGGAUUUGGUGGUAAAGGGUUGGAUAAACUACAAAAGGUCCGCGAUAAUAACAUGCAAAUGCAACGUAAAAUGUUUGGUGGAGCCAAAGAAGAGGUUGAAAAUAAAAACUCGCGAGAAGCCACGAAUGAACCGGAUGAAGCUAUUCUGUCAAUGGUGUUGCCCACAUUUGAGAUAUUUGAAGGAAACUCGCCCGAGACUUCAGGGCCCGAUACUUGUAAGUUUUUCUGCCGAAUCACAAUCAACGAUAUGCCUCAGAAAGUCCGAUGGAGCAUUGUUCAGGGAGAAACAUUGGCCUCGAUUGUGGACUCAACAAAGACGUCUAUAACUACCAGAGGCCAGUUUUACUCGCCCCAAUCUGCAGAGCAACCAACAAGCGAAAAGCCCAAGUUGUAUUUGUUGGUGGAAGGACUCACUAGAAAGUCGGUUGAAAAUGCCAUUGCUUUGAUUAAGGACAAGAUGCUUCAAAGUGUGGAGCUGAUGAGUUUAGAAGAUUCAAAUCGCUCUGCUGCAACCGGUCGCUACAAAGUGUAG